AUUCUUUAAAUCACCUCCAUAAUUUCUAAAACCCUACCGCAACCCUCACGAACUGAUCGCACUACCUUGCUCUGCUGCUCUCUGCAAGAUUGAAGGCCAUGGCACCGCUGGAGGAAGAAACCGCAAAGAAAGUCAUUCGUCAGGUGGAAUUCUAUUUCAGUGACAGUAACCUCCCAAGAGAUAAGUUUCUGAAGAAAACCAUCAGCGAUAGUGAUGAUGGGAUGGUGAGUUUGGCAUUGAUUUCCUCAUUUUCUCGGAUGAGGGGUCACUUGGGCUUGGGAGAUGCCAAACCAGAAGAUAUACCCGAAGACACUAUUAAGGCUGUGGCUGAAACUCUGAGGACCUCUUCUUUUCUUAAAGUCUCGGAGGAUGGGAUGAAGGUUGGUAGAGUUACUGAGCUUGCAAAGCCUGAAGAGGUCAUUGAACAAUUAGAUAAUCGAACAAUUGCUGCUUCACCUCUUGAAUAUGAUGUUAAGCUAGAGGAUGUGGAAUCAUUCUUUGGACAAUAUGCUAAGGUUAACAGUGUGAGACUACCUCGCCAUGUGGCCGACAACAGAUUGCUUUGUGGCACUGCAUUGGUUGAAUUUUCCAGUGAGGAAGAAGCUGCAAAACUUUUGAAGGAAACCCUGACCUAUGCUGGCAUUGAAUUGGAACUGAAGCCAAAAAAGGAAUUUGAUGCUGAAAGAGCCAAGGAAGAGGAGGAAGUGGUCAAGAAUCGACCACAAGGUGGUACAAACCGCAAAGACAAUGCCAAUGUCAAUGCCAAACCUGACUACCCCAAAGGCUUGAUUAUUGCAUUUAAAUUGAAGAGCAUAUCUGGAAAAGAUUCUGCUGAAGAAAAUGCCAAUGCAACGAACAAUAAUGCAGAUGCAACUAGUAAAGAUGUGGAAGAAAAUACGGCACAAGCUGUUUCAGAAGAGCCGGGAAAAGGAGUUUCUGAUGAUGCUUUAGAGAUGGAGGAUGCUGAGAACAACGAAGAGAAGGAAGCAAAUGAAACUGGUGACCAAGAAACCGAAGAUGCUGAAAAAUCUGCAGACAUCCCAGAUGACAAGGAAGCCGAAGCCUCUCCUGAAGGAAAGACAGACAUUGCAGCACUCAAGGACAGCAAGGAUGUUGUUUCAAGGGAGGAUCUAAAAGCUAUCUUCCGAAAGUUCGGCACUGUUAAGUUUGUUGACUUCAAGAUUGGCAUCGAGUCUGGAUACAUAAGAUUUGAAGAUGCUGAAGCCGCACAGAAAGCUCGGGCUGCUGCUGCAAUUUCUGAAGACGGCGGUAUAACAGUGAAAAAUUUUAUUGCGAUUCUAGAUCCUGUAACAGGUGAUGCAGAGAAGGAAUACUGGAGCUUGCUUCGUAGUAAUCAGGAUAAGCACCGUGACAACAGGAACAGCUACAACCGGGGAAGGGGAGGGAAGUUCAACAGAGGUGGUAAGAAUUUCGGGGGGAAGCAUUCUCGUUCAAGGGGGAACGAUGGCGGAAAUCGCCCUAACAAAGUUCAGAAAGUUGGAGCUACUUAAGAUGAGGAGAUAGUAGCCAGCAAUUUUGGGCAUUUUGGUACUGCUAAACUUAUAUCUUAAGCUAUUUCUUUUUGUCAGUAUGUUAUAACUCAGCUGCAGAAUUUAUCUAUUUACUGUUACUCCUUUCUGUU